AUGGAGGUGUUCUUCAACUCGUCUUUGCUCUUCAUCUCACACAAACCAUUAAACUCCAGCAUAGGGGACAAGACUGUAUAUGAGCAGUGUGACGGCAUGCCAGCCGUUCUUCUCUUCUACCUGGUGCUGCAGUUCAUCAACAUGUUCUUGGGGAUCCCAGCCAACGUCAUGGUGCUGUGGCUCCUGCACAAGAACAAGAGUGACUCCACCACCUCGGACAUCUUCAUUCUGCACCUGGCCAUCCUGGACACCUUCUUCUGCCUCAUCCCCCCUCUGGAGCUGGCCAACAUCGUCUACCUGACCACCAGCAGCACCUGGUACGUGCUGCGCUUCUUCUACGGCGUCAAGGACUCCUCUCCACUCUUCCUGUCCUGCAUCUGCCUGGACCGCUACAUGGCUGUGCUCCACCCAAUCACCUUCACAGAGCUCAAGGACCGCAGCCACCGGCCUGUGCUUGCCGCCGUCGUGUGGAUUGUCACGCUGGCCUACUCCACCGUCAAGUGCGUGGGCAACAUCGUGAACUUUGACAAGGUCUUCACAGUCAUGAUCCUGGCAGCAUUCGCCUUCAUGGUAUUCUGUAAUGUCGCCAUCCUAUGGGCCCUGAGGCAGUCUGGGCCGGGCCGUGAUGAGAUGCACCCUGUCAAGAAGAGAGCCUUUAAAAUGGUCCUCAUCAUAUUGGCAAUCAUUGUUUUGAACUACUUCCCUCCCGUGGCUCUGUUCCCCUUCCAGCAAUACUUCUCCCCAGAUGUAUUCCAGUGCUACAUCCACUACAUUGCCUUUGGCUUCAUGGACAUUAGCAGCAGUAUCCAACCUGUGCUUUACCUGUCAAAAGAGAAAAUACUACCGCAGAAACCUGGCUGCUGCUGUACCAGAAAUACAGCCAACUCAGGAUGA